CAUUCGAAACGAAAGAUCCUCCAGAGUGCCAAUUAACGAGAGAGCGUUUUUUUUGAAAAGAAAUACCUGGACGGCAACGAGCGAACAAACAUGGCACCGCAGCAACAGAACUCGACAUUCAUCGAUGAUAAUCUGGACAGCUGUCCAUCGCUACUGAAUCUCCCCGAAAGCCCCAUACUGCCCACCAGGCGAUGUCAAAAUCAAGGCACCAACAACCAUAAGCAGCACCAUAAUAAGCAGGUUGCAUUCGAGGAACGUUUGGUGGACGCAGCACUGCCACUAGCACCACCAACAUGCAAAAAUAAACACAGCAAGGGAAGCGGAAACGGUGGCCCGGCCAGUCGACGCCAUCGUUCCAUUUCCCUCUAUGGCGUUAAUAGCACUGUGGAGCAAGGCCAUAAGGAAAUCCCCAUUUGGAUGGACGAUGGCGAGCCGCGAUACGUAUCGGGUGUUACCAACAAAACCACAUGCAAUGACAUAAUCAAGGCCCUGAUUGAUGACGAGCUGAGCAACGGCAACAGCUACUACAAAGGAAACGGCGGCGACGGCGGCGGCGCGGCGGCAGCGACAUCGACGGCAGCAGCAUCGCGUGACUACAGCGAUUACAUUAUAACGGAAAGUUGGGGCGGCAUAGAGCGAAGCUACGACGGCAACAUGGCCAUUUUGCCCGUUUGGCGCGCUUGGAGCCGUGUACACAAUGAGCUGCGCCUGUCGCUCAAGCAUCGAGACAACUUCAGGGAUCCCAUGACGCUGCAGUUGAUGCCACAUGCUCCGCCAAGUGGCAGCUUUUCGAUGAUCAAGUGGCUAAAGAAACUCCUGCAUCUGAGCAAAAGCAAAAAGAAUAUGCCAAAGCCCACAAAUACUCCUCCCAAAGUGCCCAACAAGACAAAGGAUAGAUGUCUGCUCAACAAAAAAGGCAAAAGACAAGCGGCGGCCGAUGAGCUGCUUCUGGCCAUCAUGCCGGAUCAAUUGUACAGUGCCACGGGAAACUAUUCGAAGGGCAAGCUAUAUAAACUCGCCGAAAAUCGGGUCGCCAAGCAGCGCCGUCGUCGACGACCGACUCUUCCCACAGCAACAGAAACAGCAGCCGCGGCAGCGAAUCCUCCAAACGAAUGCAAUAAUAAUGUGAAUUAUAAUUAUAUACGCAGGCGCAAGGAUCGACCGUUGCGCAACAGUGUUCGAAAUAAGUUGGCAUCCCUGCACGCUGACAUGAACGUUCGCUACGAAAGGGAGUACGCGCUGACACGUCAACUGUCCGAGAAGUGCCGGAUGUAUAGGAUUCAGAACGAACGCUAUAGGCGGCCGGAAAUGGAGGUCUCCGUGGGACAGCUGCAGCAAAACAUCGAAGCCUAUGCCGAGGACAUAAUCAAAACGGAGCACGAGCUACUCGACCUGAAGAACGAAAUGAGACACGACAUAUCCCUGAUCAAUAACCUUAAGCGGAUGACUCUCGAGGAGACGGCAGACGAAAAUUGCUGCGGUGUGGGCGUGGCAGCAUCGAAAGAAGAACAACAAAAGAAAGGAGAAACGCCUCAUGUUGCUAAAAAAGCAAACGAAAUGCAAUUUGUUGAUAAUAUUUAUGAGUUUUGCGACAAUAAUGCAAGCAUGUUGGUUUAAUUAUACAUUUACGGAUGUACAUACAUAUUUAGUUGGAUCUUGUUAAGUUUUCUACCAA